CCGGCCGAAGUUGUUUUUGGUGUUUGAUUCAUGCGUUUUAGCUAGGAGUAGUUUUAGAUUAGCAUCUUCCAUUAUUAUUCGAUGGUUCGAACUAUUCAGCCUCUGAGGACUGUCUUGAAAGUCAAUAUCUCCUGCUGCAAAUGCAAAAAGAAGAUCCUCAAAGCAAUCACUUCCAUUCAAGGCAUUGAUAAAAUUGAAACGGAUGUUGCUAAGGGAACAGUGAUGGUAACGGGUAAUGCGGACCCAUUCGAAAUCAUAGUUUGUACCAGAAAAGCAGCGAAAUACGCUGAGGUGGAUAGCAUUGGGCCUCCUCCAUCCCCUUCUAAAGAAUCCGAUGAGAAGUCUCAAAAGGAUACUGACGGCGAGAAUCCGCCCAAAAUGCACCCCACUUGCUCAGUUUGCGAGCCAAUUGCUAUUGUCCAUGUAGCCGAUGUUCCCUGCAGCACUCCAUGCUCACUUAUGUAAUUACAGUUGAAAUUUCUAUUUGGCCGGUCAUAUAUAUUCAGAAAGAAUAUAUUCUUGGACGGAGGAAAUGAAAAAUCACGAUGGGGUUGCAUUGCAGAUAAUGUGAGUUCCAACUGAGUCUCAUUCAUCAAUUAAGUUGCCGAUGGGAUUGAACAUUAGGACUCAUGACUUUUUAUUUUCUAUUCUUGAAUAUAUAAAAAAUUAAGGAUAAAUGUAUUCUUGAUUG